AUGUCGUCCGCCGCUCCCACUCAGCCAGAAGACGCCCGCCCUCUGCCCGUCGACUUUGUCCUUGGCCCCAUCGUCAACCCUCCCACCCACAACGUCGCCAACCCCACCGCCCCGCACGUCGCCAACCCCACCGCCCCGCACGUCGCAAACCCCACCGCCCCGCACGUCGCCAACCCCGCCUCACUCUCCCUCGUGCCUGUCCCCCGCUGGCGGGAACUUGUGCCCGUGUUGCCCACUGCCUGGCCUGGCUGGACUUGCACUGACGGGUUCCAAGGAUGGCUUAGGGGCAUCUUUGAGGAUAUCGCGGGCCAAGAUAAGAGGGCCUACAACAAGUGGGUUGAUAACGAGUUCAGGAAGAUCGACUCUCUCCCAUUGCCUCUCGCACAAGCCAACGACAUGCGGAGCGCAGCCAAGAAGAAAAUAGAUGAUCACCGACGAAUUUCAUUCUGGGCUACGGCCAUCAUUCCGACAUUUGUCUUCAUGAACUCGAUUGUCGUGUGUCUCGUCGGAGGCUGGCCCCGCGGGACGCCCCUGGUCCUUACGGUCACCGAUGCAGCCCUCCUCGACUUGCUAGCGCUUCCCAAGAUCGGUCUACUCUACGCCCUCUCCUCGUCCAAUCCAAGGUCCGCCACAGCCGCCAUCAAAGCCUACCCCGAUGUCCCCUGCGCCGUCUCUCUCGAACCAUCAACCCAAGAAGGGCGAAGGCGAAACGACCUUAGGGUGCGAGGAGGAGGAGGCGCGCUUCGGAACGCCGAUUAUGACUUGAAGGUUUAUGGGCUGGAGGACAAGCACAUGUACGUUGAGCAGGGAGGGAAGCCGAGAGAGAUGGAGUGGCUGGAUUGGGUGCAGGGACGGAUCAUGGCGUGGUUGAGCAAGAGGGACGCGGAGGUUGUGGAGAAACAGCCGAGGAUCUAUGGGGGGCGUUCAGCCCCCUUGUUCUUUCUGCGGGUGGCCUGA